UUGACGGUUAUUUCCAAGUCACUUCCCCUUUGUUUCCCCCCCGCAGAAUCCUCGGUAUAUGCUUCCAGCAUCUGUUCUUAUCCUCCUGUCCUCUCUUCCCUUUCCCUCCCCACCUCUUUUUUCUUUUUUUUCUAUGUCAUUUCCUUUCAUUGUGAACCAUGGCCAGCAGCACAAGAGCUUCUUCUCUUCUUCUUCUUAAUCAUAAAAACAACCAUUUUACUCUCUCUUUAAACUCAAAAAGACCUUCUCUUUUCCACUCUUUUCCUUCUGUUUCCUCCCAGAAUCCUCUUUUCUCUGUCUCUUUCUCUCUAUCGCUCUCCUCUUCUCCAUCACCUUCCACUUCCAGCAGCAUCACACGCGUCUCCACAGCGGCUUUAGAGUACGCGCCACCAGCACCCGACUCCAACAAUUUCCAGCAGGAAAUCUCCCGCCUCAAAACGCUGCGUUUGAAACUCUCAGCUUCGAAAACUCUCAAGCAGAAACUCAAAGUUCUGAACUCUGAUUCGAAAGUCAAGCAUUUUUUAAAUACCCGAGGUUUUGAAAGGGUUUUAGGUUCGCUCGGUUUGGGAUUAGACGAGUCGUUUCUGGUCAAAUGUUUGGUUGCAGCUGGUCAAGAGCACGUGCUCGAAAUGGGUUUUGGAUUUGGAGAGAAAGGAGGGGAUGGAGUGAGGAGUUCUGUCAAGACCGCGCUUUAUGCUUUGGUGGAAAUGAUUGAGAAAUGGGAUGUGAAUAAUGGUGGUUUGAGAGAAGGUUUUGUGAAGAGUCAGAACGGUAGCGUUUUGGAGGAUGAGGAUAGUGAGGACUUGAGAAAGUUGCUGAAGAUUUUGGGAGAGAUUGAGGAGUUUUAUGGUUGCAUUGGAGGAAUUAUUGGAUAUCAGAUAAUGGUGCUGGAGCUUCUUUCCCGAUCCUCACAUGAAAUGCAGACUACAAAUCACUCCCAGCAUGUACAUGAAUCAAUGGAAUACCAGUUUUUGGAAAUUCAUGUGCCUACUGGAUGUGACCUUUCUCAAAAUACAGAAUAUGCAUCUCAAGCAGCUUUAUGGGGAAUUGAGGGUUUGCCAGACUUAGGUGAAAUAUAUCCUUUGGGAGGUUCAGCAGACAGGCUUGGUUUGGUUGAUCCUGACACAGGUGAAUGUCUUCCGGCUGCAAUGCUUCGUUAUUGUGGGCGGACAUUAUUAGAAGGUCUUAUCAGAGAUCUUCAGGCUAGAGAGUUCCUGUACUUCAAGCUGUAUGGAAAACAAUGCAUCACUCCUGUUGCAAUCAUGACAAGUUCAGCAAAGAACAACCAUGAACAUAUCACAUCACUUUGUGAAAGACUUGGAUGGUUUGGAAGAGGACGAUCAAGUUUCCAACUCUUUGAACAGCCUCUAGUUCCGACUGUAAGCGCAGAAGACGGGCAAUGGUUGGUCAGGAAACCAUUUGUGCCUGUAUGCAAGCCUGGUGGUCAUGGUGUACUAUGGAAACUUGCUUAUGACAAAGGCAUCUUUCAAUGGUUUUAUGAUCAUGGAAGGAAAGGUGCUACUGUUCGGCAAGUCAGUAAUGUUGUGGCUGCUACAGAUGUGACCCUCUUGGCAUUGGCAGGGAUUGGUUUACAUCAUGGAAAGAAACUGGGAUUUGCUUCCUGCAAGCGGAACUCAGGGGCUACAGAAGGAGUCAAUGUUUUAAUUGAGAAGAAGAACCUUGAUGGGAAGUGGGCAUAUGGUUUGUCAUGCAUUGAAUACACUGAGUUUGAUAAGUUUGGAAUCACAAGUGGACCUCCUUCACCCAAUAGUUUGCAGGCAGAGUUCCCUGCCAAUACCAACAUUCUUUAUGUGGAUCUACCUUCCGCUGAACUAGUUGGAUCAACAAGAAGUGAAAGAAGUUUACCUGGCGUAGUAUUAAAUACAAAGAAGUCAAUUGUAUAUACGGAUUAUUUUGGAAGCUGGCACAGUGUCCAUGGUGGCAGGCUGGAGUGCACUAUGCAAAACAUUGCAGAUAAUUUUCUUAAUACAUAUUCAUCUAGAUGUUACAAAGGUGUGGAAGAUAAAUUGGAUACCUUUAUUGUUUAUAAUGAAAGGAGAAGGGUUACAUCAUCUGCUAAGAAGAAAAGAAAACAUGCAGACAUGUCUCUUCACCAGACUCCUGAUGGUUCACUGUUGGAUAUCAUGCGGAAUGCCUAUGAUCUUCUUUCGCACUGUGAUAUUGAUCUUCCUGAGGUUGAAGGUAAUGAUAAGUAUGUAGACUCUGGACCACCAUUUCUCAUCUUUCUUCAUCCUGCACUUGGCCCACUUUGGGAGGUCACCAGACAGAAAUUUAGUGGGGGUUCCAUUUCAAAGGGCUCAGAACUACAAAUAGAGGUUGCAGAGUUCUUAUGGAGAAAUGUUCAGCUUGAAGGGAGCAUGAUUAUUGCAGCUGACAACAUUAUGGGCUCAACUAGGGUUGAUGAAAAUGGUGAACCAACACUACAAUAUGGGCACAGGUAUGGAAGGUGUAAGUUACAUAAUGUGAAGGUGCUGAAUGAUGGAAUUGACUGGAGUUCUGGAGAUAAUGUAUAUUGGAAGCAUGAUGUUCGUCAUUUUGAGGCACUUAAGGUCAUACUUCAUGGAAAUGCUGAGUUUGAGGCCAGCAAUGUUACCAUACAGGGAAAUCAUUUAUUUGAAGUCCCAGAUGGCUACAGAAUGAAGAUCACUUCUGGAGAUCCAGGUCUAGCUCUUCAGUUGGACCCCUUACCACAGAAUCUGAUGGAUAGAGGAAGCUGGUUCUGGAAAUACAAUAUCAAUGGCUGUCACAUUUUGUUGGAAUUAAUAGAGUUGUGAAAUAAUACCCAGAUGCUUAACCUUGCUCUUAUGUGAAUCAUGGUUCACGAAUACUGAGCUUCGACCUCUCUGAUUCUGAUUGGUUGAACAUAAGUUUAACCUUUUCUCAACUAGGAUGUUUCAUUAAAGUAAAUUGAAUUGGAGUCAUCUAGAAAGUUAUGAAGUCCCGGCCAUAGUUCUUUGCAUAUAAUUCUUUUUUGUUGUAGUUACAUUGCUCAUGUAACUUAGACUGUAAAAGAACGGUGUAAAAGUUCCAGCAAUGAAAUCUGUAUCUAUAUUCAUUAAAA